CACGCACACGCCGACCACCAGCAGCAGCACCCCGUACACCUUUUCUUCUUUCGGGCUGCUGUACGGGGAGUGCAGGCAGCAGCGGGAGCGUGAGUGAGGUUCGAGCCGAGCGGAGCGUCGGAUGCUCGGCCACGAGCUGCUGCGGAUAUCCGCCUGGUACCUGCCCCUCAUCAGUUCUGUUCCCCAGGCGGACCCUUUUCUUGUGUUUCUACUAGAUUCCGAAAGGGCCUUUUUUUGUUUUGCUGCUUUUGUUAUACGGCGAAUUGUUAGUAAAUGCGGAGGAAAAUGUCUUAUUUUUCGAUGAUGCGGAUGUAACGGAGAGACAUUAGCGUCAUCUGGGAUUAUUUUUGAACGUUUUUAAAUAUAUAUAUUUUUUUAAACCGUUAACGUUUGCGGAGUGGCACGCGUCGAUUGAACGCGAGAGAAGUACGUUUUGAUUCCAUAUUUAAGCGAUAGUGCACAAUAAAAUAUCAGCCGCCAGACAGAGGACAAAACAAGAGGUUGGAUGAGUUUUCCUCCUGUCCGGACGCCUGGACACCAUGAGCACCAUCUCGCCCACAGACUUUGACAGCUUGGAGAUCCAGCAGCAGUACAAUGACAUCAACAACCGCUGGGACUUGGCCGCAGAGACCGAAUGGGACAACGAAAAUAGUUCUGCGCGCCUCUUCGAGCGCUCGCGCAUCAAAGCUCUUGCAGAAAAGGCCAUGGAAUGGGACCACAGAGACAGGGAGCCCUGCUUGUCUCCUGCAGCAUUUGUUAAUCAGGUGCAAUACUCCAAUAUCCUGGAAGGAAGGUUUAAACAGCUGCAAGAUGAGCGUGAAGCUGUACAGAAGAAGACCUUCACCAAAUGGGUGAACUCUCACUUAGGCCGAGUCACUUGUCGCAUCAGUGACCUGUACACGGACCUGCGUGAUGGCCGCAUGCUUAUCCGCCUGCUGGAAGUGCUCUCAGGAGAACAGCUGCCAAAGCCCACUAAAGGCCGCAUGCGUAUCCACUGCUUAGAAAAUGUUGAUAAAGCCCUGCAAUUCCUCAAAGAGCAAAAGGUCCAUCUAGAAAACAUGGGAUCACAUGAUAUUGUGGAUGGAAAUCACCGUCUUACCCUGGGGCUCAUCUGGACCAUAAUUCUCCGCUUCCAGAUUCAGGACAUCAGCGUCGAGACAGAGGACAACAAAGAGAAGAAAUCCGCAAAAGAUGCCCUUCUCUUGUGGUGCCAAAUGAAAACUGCCGGCUACCCCAAUGUCAACAUCCACAACUUCACUACCAGCUGGAGAGAUGGUCUAGCGUUCAAUGCCAUCGUACACAAACACAGACCCGACCUGAUAGAAUUUGACACCCUGAAAAGGUCCAACGCUCACUACAAUCUCCAGAAUGCUUUCAAUGUGGCUGAGAAGGAGAUGGGCCUCACUAAGCUGCUGGACCCAGAAGAUGUUAACGUUGAUCAGCCGGAUGAGAAGUCCAUCAUUACCUAUGUGGCAACCUACUACCAUUACUUCUCAAAGAUGAAAGCGCUAGCAGUGGAGGGCAAACGUAUUGGCAAGGUCCUUGACUAUGCCAUUGAGGCUGAUCAGCUGAUAGACAAGUAUGAGAGCUUGGCCUCAGAGCUGCUGGAGUGGAUCGAGCAGACAAUAGUGACUCUGAAUGAUCGGCAGCUAGCUAACUCACUCAGCGCUGUGCAGAAUCAGCUCCAGGCAUUUAAUUCUUACCGCACUGUGGAGAAACCACCCAAAUUCACAGAGAAAGGAAACUUAGAGGUCCUCCUCUUUACUAUCCAGAGCAAGAUGAGAGCAAACAACCAGAAAGUUUACACGCCAAGAGAGGGAAAACUAAUCUCUGACAUCAACAAGGCAUGGGAGCGACUUGAAAAGGCAGAGCAUGAACGUGAGCUGGCACUCAGAAACGAACUGAUCCGCCAAGAAAAGCUAGAGAUGCUUGCAGCACGUUUUGACCGCAAAGCUGCUAUGCGGGAAACAUGGCUGAGUGAGAAUCAGCGCUUGGUGUCUCAGGACAAUUUUGGAACUGACUUGGGAGCGGUGGAAGCUGCCACUCGUAAACACGAGGCGAUUGAGACAGACAUUGGUGCGUAUUGGGAGCGUGUGGCUGCAGUUGAGGCUGUUGCCAAAGAGCUGGAGGCAGAGGGAUACCACGAUGUGCGACGUGUGCUUGCAAGAAGGGACAAUGUGCUUCGUCUCUGGGAAUACCUCAAGGAGCUUCUGGUUGCACGCAGAGAACGACUCAAUGCCCAUCGAGACCUACAGAGGCUGUUUGAAGAGAUGCGUUACAUCAUGGACUGGAUGGCUGAGAUGAAGAGUCGUCUGCAGUGCCAAGACAGUGGCAAACAUUUGCAUGAUGUUUUGGACCUACUUCAGAAACACACUCUAGUAGAGGCUGAUAUUUCUGCUCAGGCAGAGAGAAUCAAAGCAGUGCAGGGAGCUGCUAAACGUUUCACUUCUUAUGACCAAGCCUACAAACCAUGCGAGCCAGGACUGGUUAGUGAAAAGGUCGACUUGCUAGGCCAAGCCUAUGAGGAGCUUGGGCAGCUUGCUGGACAACGCAGAGAACGCCUGGAGGACUCUCGUCGCCUAUGGCAGUUCCUGUGGGACUUGGGAGAGGAGGCAGCCUGGAUCAGAGAGCAGGAGCAGAUCCUGACCAGCGGAGAGUGUGGCCGUGACCUCACUUCUGCCCUUCAUCUGCUCAGUAAACACGAGGCUUUCAGGGAUGAGAUGGCAGCCCGCUAUGGCCCGCUGAGUAACAGCGUUGCUGCGGGGGAAGCUUUGGUGAACGAGGGAAACUUUGGAGCCCCAGAGAUCACAGAAAAUAUUAAAGAUAUUCGUGCACAGUGGACACAUCUGGAGGAGACGACAAAAUUGAGAGAACAGAAGCUUAAAGACUCAGUGGCCCUGCAUCAGUUCCUAACGGAUGCUAAUGACAUGGAUGCUUGGCUAAUGGAAACACUAAGACAGGUCUCUAGUCAGGACGUGGGUCACGACGAGUUCUCCACCCAAACUCUAGCUCGCAAGCAGAGGGAAAUUGAGGAGGAAGUCAAGAGCCAUCAACCUCUCAUUGAAUCCCUGCAUGAGCAGAACCAAGCACUGCCACAAACCUAUGCUAAUUUCCCUGAGGUGGAGGGCCGGCUACCUGCUAUUGAGCGGCGCUACGAAGAGCUACAAUCUCUGUCGGUGUCUCGGCGCCAGGCCUUGGAAGGUGCUUUAGCACUUUAUCGCAUGUUCAGUGAGGCAGGUGCCUGCCAACUCUGGGUGGAAGAAAAAGAAAAGUGGUUACAUGGCAUGGAGAUCCCGAGCAAACUUGAAGACUUGGAAGUGGUGCAGCAGAGGUUUGAAACACUGGAACCUGAAAUGAACAACGUAGGGACCAGUGUCACCGAUGUGAACAAGGUGGCCGAGCAGCUGUUAACUUCUGACAACUGCAACAAAGACCAAAUCCACCAGACAUGUGACCGUCUGAACAACAGGUGGAAAGAAUUCCAGAAACUGGCUGAUCAAAAGAAACAAGGCCUGGAGUCAGCCCUUAAUAUCCAAAACUACCACCUGGAAUGUAAUGAGAUCCAAACGUGGAUGAAGGAAAAGACCAAAGUAAUUGAAUCUACUCAGAGCUUGGGAAAUGAUCUGACUGGAGUGAUGGCACUACAGCGCAAACUCACAGGCAUGGAGCGAGACCUAGAAGCUAUUCAGGGGAAAUUAGAUGACCUGAGAGAGGAGGCAGACAAACUGGCCAAGGAACAUCCAGAUCAAGCAGGGGAGACUCAAGAUCGCCUGGCAGGAAUACAGGAAGUGUGGGAGGAGUUGAACUCGACCAUGAAACGGCGUGAAGAGUCACUGGGAGAGGCCAGCAAGCUGCAGGGCUUCCUCCGGGAUCUCGAUGACUUCCAGUCGUGGCUAUCCCGCACCCAGACAGCUGUGGCCUCAGAGGACAGUCCCACCUCUCUGCCUGAGGCUGAGAGUUUGCUAGCCCAGCAUGAGAAUAUAAAAAAUGAGGUGGAUAACUACAAGGAGGACUAUGAAAAAAUGCGAGUGGUCGGUGAGGAGGUGACCCGAGGUCAAACAGAUGCACAACACAUGUUCUUGGCUCAAAGGCUCCAGGCGCUGGAUACUGGCUGGCAUGAGCUGCGUCAAAUGUGGGAGAACCGCCACAGUCUUUUGGCCCAAGCGUUCGACUUCCAGACGUUCUUAAGAGAUGCAAAGCAGGCGGAGGCCUUCCUCAACAGCCAGGAGUAUGUAUUAUCCCACACAGAAAUGCCGACAAGUCUCCAGGGAGCGGACGAGGCCAUUAAGAAAUAUGAAGAUUUCCUCACCACCACAGAUGCCAGCGAGGAGAAGAUAACUGGUGUUGUGGAGGCGGGACGGCGCCUCAUUAACGAUGGCAAUGCAAACUCUGAUAAGAUCCAAGAGAAAGUGGAUUCUAUUCAGGAGAGGCAUCUCAAGAAUAAGAAUGCUGCCAGUGAAUUGCUGGCAAAACUUAAGGAUAACCGUGAACUGCAACACUUCCUCCAAGAUGGACAGGAGCUCACAUUAUGGAUCAAUGAGAAAAUGCUGACAGCUCAAGACAUGUCAUAUGAUGAGGCUCGAAAUCUUCACAGCAAGUGGCAGAAACACCAGGCCUUCAUGGCAGAACUGGCCUCUAACAAAGACUGGUUAGACAAAAUCGACAAGGAGGGCCAGGCUCUUGUGGCAGAGAAGCCAGAGUUGAAACCUGUUGUUCAGCAAACCCUCGAGGACCUACAGCGUCAGUGGGAGGAGUUAGAGAGCACCACCCGCACCAAAGCCCAGUGCUUGUUUGAUGCCAAUCGGGCAGAGUUGUUCACACAGAGCUGCUGUGCUCUGGACGGCUGGGUGAAGAACCUUGAGGGUCAGCUGCAUAGUGACGAUUAUGGCAAGGAUUUGACCAGUGUCAACAUCCUGCUCAAGAAGCAUCAGAUGCUGGAGCACCAGAUGGAGGUCAGGGAGAAGGAGGUGCAGUCACUGCAGUCUCAAGCCUUGGCUUUGUCUCAGGAAGAUGCUGGACUUGCUGAGGUAGAUGGUCAACAAAGGCGUGUCACAGACAGCUUUUCCAGCCUUCAGGAGCCUCUUAGACAGAGGAGACAGCGGCUACUUGCCUCCAAAGAGGCCCACCAGUUCAACAGAGACCUGGAAGACGAAAUUUUGUGGGUGAAAGAGAGGAUGCCUUUGGCAACCUCUACAGACCACGGAAAAGAUCUUCCCACAGUACAGCUACUUAUCAAGAAGAACCAGACAUUGGAAAAGGAGAUCCAGGGACAUCAACCCCGAAUUGAUGACAUCCACAAACGAGGAAAGACUCAAAGCCAGGUAGACAAGGAGCGGCAGUCUGUUCUGGAGGAGCGACUUGUUGAGCUGAAAGAACUUUGGGACCAGCUGAUUGACGAGACCGACAAACGUCACGCUCGUCUAGUCGAGGCCAAUCGAGCCCAGCAGUUCUAUGCUGAUGCGGCGGAGGCGGAGGCCUGGAUGGGAGAGCAGGAGUUGCACAUGAUGUCGGAAGAAAAGGCAAAGGAUGAACAGAGUGCUCUCGUGAUGGUUAAAAAGCACCAAACUCUGGAACAAGCGCUUGAAGACUACGCCCAGACCAUUCACCAGUUAGCCAAUAGCAGCCGGUUAAUGGUGACCAGCGAACAUCCAGAGAGUGACAGAAUCACAUUACGACAAGCACAAGUCGACAAGUUGUACGCUGGGUUGAAAGACCUCGCAGAGGAGCGCCGUGGGAGGCUUCAGGAGAGACUUCGUCUGACCCAGUUAAAGCGGGAGGUGGAUGAUUUGGAACAGUGGAUCGCAGAAAGGGAGGUGGUGGCUGGCUCCCAUGAACUAGGACAGGACUAUGAGCAUGUCACAAUGCUGAGAGACAAGUUUCGCGAGUUUGCUCGUGACACGAGCACAAUUGGCCAAGAGCGUGUAGAUGGCGUAAAUGGACUGGCGGACGACCUCAUUGAAUCUGGUCACCCGGAGAACGCCAGCGUCGCCGAGUGGAAAGAUGGCCUGAACGAGGCCUGGGCCGACCUGCUGGAACUGAUUGACACACGCACACAGAUGUUGGCAGCCUCCUAUGAAUUGCACCGCUUCCAUCAGGAUGCCAUGGAGGUUCUUGGGCGCGUCAAGGAGAAGCGGGAGGCGCUACCGUCUGACCUCGGCCGAGAUUUAAACACUGUCCAGCAUCUACACAGACAGCACAAUACUUUGGAAAAUGACAUUCAGGCCCUCAGUGGACAGGUGAACCAGGUGCAAGAUGAUGCCGCGAGGCUGCAAAAGGCUUACGCUGGAGAGAAAGCUGAUGACAUUAACCGGAGUGAACAUGCUGUGAGCUCUGCUUGGCAGGGUCUUCUUGAGGCCGGUGAGUCCCGCAGGGUACUCCUCCUCGACACCGUGGAAAAGUUCCGCUUCUUCAACAUGGUGCGAGACCUCAUGCUCUGGAUGGAUGGGGUCAACCUGCAGAUUGAUGCACACGACAGCCCCAGGGAUGUAUCUUCCGCGGACCUGGUCAUUGCUAAUCAUCAAGACAUCAAGUCGGAGAUUGAGACCCGAGCAGACAGCUUCACAGCCUGUAUUGACAUGGGAAACACGCUCAUCGACAAGAAUCACUAUGCCACUGAUGAGAUCCGGGAAAAGCUCGGUCAGUUACAAGAAAAGAGAGACAAGAUCAACAACAAUUGGCAGGACAAGAUGGACUAUUUACAAAUUAUGCUGGAAGUAUUGCAGUUUGGACGGGAUGCCUAUGUCGCAGAGUCUUGGUUGGCUGGGCAAGAACCUCUUGUGCGGACAGCAGACCUCGGCUCCAAUGUAGACGAGGUGGAAAGUCUAAUAAAGCGCCACGAGGCCUUUGAGAAACUUGCUGCUUCCUGGGAAGAGCGUUUUGUCCAGUUGGAGAAACUUACUACACUGGAGGAGCAGGACAUUCAGAGGCGGCGAGAGGAAGAGGAGAGGGCACGACGGCCCCCCACACCAGCCCCGGUAGAGGAAGCGGUGCGGUCGGAGGUAGAAAGUCAAGUGCAUGACUCUGCGGCCAGAACCAGUCUAGACCAGACAACACUGAAUCAGUCGGUGUCUGUGAAUGGAGUGCACAGUGACAAUGACACGUCACAGGGCUCAGAGUCAGAAAACGGACCAGGUCGAGACAGCGGCUUAGCGUCCUCACGCCUCGAGCCGUCGGCCACGUUACCGGGCAGAGGUGGAGCCGAGUCUGACCCGGACACCGUGGAGGGUAUACUCUGUCGAAAACAAGAGAUGGAGUCGCACAGUAAGAAGGCAGCUACCAGGUCAUGGCAGAAUGUAUACUGUGUCCUAAGAAAAGGAAGUCUCGGUUUCUACAAAGAUGGCAAGAGCGCUACUAAUGGGAUUCCAUACCACGGAGAGGUCCCAAUCAGCCUCGGAGAGGCUGUUUGUGAGAUCGCACAUGACUAUAAGAAGAGGAAACAUGUUUUCAAGCUACGGCUAGGAGAUGGAAAGGAGUACCUGUUCCAAGCAAAGGAUGAGGCGGAAAUGAGCUCCUGGAUAAGCGCCAUCCUCAGUUCCAUUCCAUCGGGAUCAAGAGACUCACCUGGAGGUCCGCGGGUCCUCAACCGUGCUAUGACCAUGCCCCCCAUCUCCCCUGGCACAGUCGAUACCGGAGGUGUGACCAUGCGCAAUAAAGACGGAAAAGAUAAGGAUCGGGAGAAGAGGUUCAGCUUCUUUGGCAAGAAAAAAUAGGACUUUUGUCAAAAUGACCGAUGGAACCAACACGUUCAAUUGAUCCACAAACUGAACGAGGCAGACGUAGAAGUCCAAACAACACACUGGUCUCGGUGCAGCCCGGCGGCGCACUGUAUUUCGACAGCUACAGAAAAUGUACUCUUUCUUUUUUUCCUCUGGUUUUAUCUGUCGCUUUCUUCUUGGUUCCCCAGUAUUUCUCAACUAGGCGCAUCUCAACCACGGAAACUCUCAUCCGGAGACACCACAUAACAGUACUUACUGUAACACAAGCACGUUGUUUGAGGAGAGAAGAAAGGAGACGGGGUGUCCCGUUCAACUCUUGUCCACUAAAUAGGCUCUCCUUCAUUGUUUGAGCUGUGCUCCUGCUGUGUGACUCCCCGAUUGAUGAAAGCUCUUCUUAACGCUUCGCCGCAGACCCUCUUAUUCUGCUUUUGAGCUGUUAUUAAUACCUGACCAAUAUUAAUGCUAUUGUGAUUAUUAUUUAUCUUUUGUUAUUGCUGGUUUGAAGAAAACUAAUUGAUUUGAUUAUCCAUGUUGUGGCGAGAAACAAAGUAAAACUAGUGGAGAAUGUUGUAUUAUUAUUAUUAUUAUUAAUUUGUUUUAGGAAUGACGGUACUUGAUUAUUAUUAUUAUUAUUUUUUAAUAAAGCUCAUUUAAUUUUAGCAGUGUGCAGUAAGUGAACACAAACUGAAUUGGGAAAUUUAUAUAUUUAAUAAGUAGUUAGAUUUUUUUUAUUGCUAAAUUUGCCUGAAUUGAUUAUCAUUGAAGUGAUAUUUUCUGCUUGAUUUGUGAUUUUGUUUUUCUUUUCCUUCAUCUGUACAAAGCAGAGAAAAUUAGUUUUUCUAGUGCGUGUGCGUGCGUGAGUUGUGGUGAUGUGGAUUUUGCACGUCAAUAUUACUCCUCCUCAAAUAAUAGCCCGAUGGAAGCUACAUUUUGGCACUCUAAUGUAGCUGGAAAUGGAACACAAAUACAAAAGAUUACAGGAAUUCUUUCUGGAGAUAAAUGCUUUUUGUUGA